AUGGCACGCCACACAGCAGUCGCUACCAACACCAGCCACGAAGCCGCUGUGGUUCUAAGCGACUGCUCGUCCUCCGACGCCAGCGGAGAGACUAGUAUAACUGUCCCAGAUGAAGAUGAGGAUGAAGACGGUGAUGCCUAUAUUGAUGCUGGUGACGGGGAAGAUGACGCAGGGGAGCAGCAAGCCGCCGACGACCUAGCGGAGUUGCUGGCGGACAAUAAUCACUCACGGGAGUUCUACCUUAAGCAACUAAACACCCUUGACGGGAACUCAUUUCAGUGCGAAGAGUACGCGCCCAAGUCGCUGGAGCUGCUCGACCGGGUCGAGCGAGAGUGGUUGAAUUUCUGCGCCUACUUGAAGAAAGACGUGAAGGAGAUGUAUCUGAAAGUAGACGUGGUGAAAAUAUAUACCUUCUUCCACUGGUCCUUGAACCAACGCCGCGGCAAAGAUGGGAGGCGACGGCAGGGGCUGCAGUACAAGAGCUCCCUGGAGACCUACUGGAAGGUCUUUCGACUAGUCUAUGAGAGGGAGAAGCAAGAAAAGAUAGACAAAGAGACAUCAAGGGCGCUGGUAAAGCUAUUUAAACUCUCAACGAAAGGCCGCCCGAAGUCGGUCGUCUACCUUGAUGACCUUACCAAGAUUGUCGAGACGACGGUCACGACGACCGAGAAGAAGUUCGGCCAUGGGCGGCUACGUAUCUGCCUCUGUCUAUACUUCCAGCUCGCCGGCUUCACCGCCAACCGCCCGGGCGCGCUGCUGAAGGUACGCUACCAGGACAUCCAAGUCACCCUCCUGCGCGACCCUGACGGCGGGCCCAACAACAUCUUGAUCGAAUUUACCCCGGAAUUUUCCAAAACAUUUCUUGGAGACAAAGAUGCCGUUACCUUUGUGAUCCCAGAGAUUAUAUUCGACCCGUCUCUGAUCCUCAGCCCUCACGUCAUGCUCCUUGGCCUCCUGUUCGCCGAUGGUGCAUUUGGCCGCCUGGAGGGCGAGGAGGUCCUUACCUCGGCGAAACAACUUCUCGAUCUCAGCAUCCCCGAGGGCACCAACGAGCUUCGCCUUCCUCUGAAGCCGGAACUAGACGAUAUUCCGGUGUUCCGAAAGUUGGAGAAAACGGCAGACGGAGUCAAGGUAUCCGACACCGAGGCCCUGACCUACCAGACACUCUGGAGGUCGAUCAGGAUAAUUGGGGAAUUAUCAACAUUUAUUCAGAUCCUUCGGGCUUACAGCUUGAGGUAUGGCGCAGGAAAGGCGCUGGAUAACAGUGGCCAAAUCACCGAGGCGGUUCGGAGCCUGAUCUUCCAACACUCCGACACGCGAACGUUCCUCGAGUUCUACCUCCAUAAGAAGGUAGAUAAGGACCUUGCCGCCAUCGUCCGGGGCAUCAAACCACAGGACAAUAUCAUGCGUGCCGCAUGCAGAAUGCUUCGCUCCGUCCACCCGCGUCGGCCAAGAUGCCUGACCACCGCCCAGGCGUCUUCGGUCAACAAGCUCCCGGACAUCGAGGACCUGAUAAAACGUCGCAAUAAGCUCAGUCAGAGCAUGGGACGCCCCAUCGUGCAGCACAAGGGGACCCACAAGUAUACGCUCCACCAGAGGCUCAACACUGAGCUAGCGACCGCGCGAAGCAGGGCGAAGGCCGAGCUCCUACGAAAUAUACAGAACAAGUUCGACUACGAGGAGCCCCUGCGUGAGAUCCAGCGGCAGCUCUCGGGGGUCAAGGUCUCCGAGGCGGUCAACGAGUCCCUUGGCAGCAACGAGGACAUGCCGCCGCAGCAGCAGCGACUGGUCUCAGCCCUCCUCUCCCUUCCAGGUAAGAACCUGCGGGAAGAGAUGCUCCGGCGCACAGAGGCGAUAGAUGCGGUGGCAGAAUACUGCCUCUUCGAGGAGGGGGAUACAUGCAAGCUGCCACGCGACCAGCGGCGAGUCGCAAAGGCGUCAACCGACGCUACGGUCGAGGUAAAGGCCGAGGUACGUGCUCCUCCACCCCCAAGCCAGAGGGAUAUCGCGUUGAAGGCCGUGAUGGAGGACCAUCGGCCCUUGUACUGCUUCUGGUGCCUAAAAGGCUACUCGGUUCCCGGGGGAGUGACAAAGCACCUCCGGCGGAGGCACCUUCGACAUAUCAAGCCCGGGGACCGCAUCAGAUGCCCGACCUGUUGUGUAGACCUGGAAGACAUGAUACAACUUAAGAAUCAUGCCCUGAUAGUCCACAAAACGCUCCCUUGA